CGUGUUUGAAAACCAUGAUGUCUGCCAUGUCCAUUGCCUACAUCACCAUUGGGACAGUGUAUUUGAAUUCCUGCACCCAGCAGCACCUGAUCCCAAUCUAUCUCAUUGUCUCUGGGAGCUUCUCUCUCUUCCUGAUCAUGAUCUCCUGCGUUCACUGCUCCCCGAGCGAUGGCGAGAACCUGUCACAGUGGCGAGACCUCAGCCGUUGCUGGAAGACUAUCAGCUCCCUGUUCAGCUUCAUCUGGUUUUUAACAGGUAAUGUCUGGAUCUACUCCAUUUAUGAGCCGGAUUACAUCCACGAGGACUCUGCUCUUUAUUGUAACAGAACUCUCUACCUCUUCGCCUUCUGGAUGACGACCAUCACCUAUACUCUGCUGGCCCUGGUGCUGGUCCUGGGCUGUUGCGGGCUACUCUGUGUGUAUACUCUCCAGGCCACAGCUUGCAGGGGGCAGCAGGGUUGCUGGGGGGAGAGGGAGAGGUAAUCAGCCAACUUGCUGCCAAAUUACGUCUCUCCUUUUGUACACCGACACUUUUUAAAGCUGCAUCUUCACGUCACUAAAUGUAAAUCACGGUUUGUUGUUGUGGGGGAUAAGGAGAAACCGCACUUUUAUAUUGUAAUCACUGAAUGAUCCAGGGUAUAUUUCAUACCCUCGCCUGUUGGACGAGUGUGGGGGA